AUGAAACCAUCCUGUAAGGAUUGGAGUGAAAGGCUUGAAGAAGCUCUUUGGGCUUACAGGACUGCCUACAAGACCCCUAUAGGCAUGUCUCCCUUGCAGUUGCUCUAUGGCAAGGCUUGCCAUCUACCUAUGAAAAUCAGGCACAAAUCUUAUUGGACAAUCAAGGCAUAUGAUGCAAAUCUCGAAUCUUCACUCGUCAAUCAGAAGAUACAACUCCAAGAACUUGAAGAAAUAAGACUUGAAUCCUAUGAUAAUGCCAGAAUCUAUAAAGACAAGCUGAAAAUGAUUCAUGACAAACAGAUUCUAAGGAAGUAG